CAAAUAGGCCCCCUAAACCAUCCCCACAUUUUAUUGGUUAAUGCUGCUGUCAGUCUGGGGCAUAGGCGGAGGCCUAUGGGAAAUGUAGUCCGGAGAAGACCGACUCCUUCACGGCUCGCGUUUCCGCUUCCGGUGUUUAGUGGACGUCCGAAUGCCGAGACCCCGGGUCUGGACUCCGGGUUCGAGAGCCCUGUGGGGACAUUGCGCGGCCGCGGGGAAGGUCCCGCGGGGUCAGGCCGCCCGUAGUUGCAGGGCCUCGGCGCGCGGGAGCGGCUCUCAGCUCGGGCUUGGGCCGCCGUCGCCGGGUGGGCGUGGCCGGGCCGAGACCGGGGGUCCGGCGGCCUCCGGCCCAGGCUGCGCGUCCCCGCGAGCGCGCCCGGGGCGGGAUGCACUCCUCGUGCUGGCGGCGCCCUCCUUCUCGCCGCCCCCCGGGCCUAGCGGGGGCGACCGUGGCCCUGUAGCCGCGCCCCGGCCCGCCUUGACCCCAUAAAGCUUCCAGAGAAGGUCGCCCGCGCAGCAGAGCAGCGUUGCAGUGUAAGUCACGCUCUGCGGGCUGGUCACCCAGUCCGCGGUCAGACGGCCGAGCCGCUGUCCGUUCCCUGCCAUCAGCCGGCUGUGUGGCCUUGGACAAGUCCCUGGGGGUCUCUGAGCCGUGAUUGUCUCCGCUUUGGGGAAGUUGAGGGCUGAGUAUCUCAACUUUCCGUCCAACUCGGACGUCCUGCGAGUCUGUUUUUGUUAUCCUUGCUCUUGUACCUUGUACCCCUUUCCCCGUCUGGGAGAGAGUUAUGAAGCCUCAGGACUGAGGAACCCUGCACGGGGCGCCCAAAGCUGAGAACCCGGCCAGGACCGGGGGCCGUUUAGCGGCCGGAGCGCGUGCACCGCCCGCGCGAUCGGGGAGCCAGCUCCUCCAGGUGCUGCUCUCCAAGGUGCUGCUACUGUGUGCGCCGUCCCGUCUCGAGCUUGUCCUGCGCAUGCACUUUGCAACGCUCGGAAGGCCAGUGGCUUGCGAGAGUGGGUGGCUUGUUGUCCCUCUUCUCUCCAGCAGCCCAUCCUCAUUCUUCAGAUUUCAAGUCGUAUGUAGUGACUCCUGUCUGAAGGUGGCUUCCCAGUGAGGCAAAGGAAAAGGUUUGGGCUUCAAAGCACAGUUGCAAGGUUCUUCUCUGAGCUGAACUAUGGCUGUGUCUGUGGACCGACAAAUUCCGGCUUCUCAAGUACAAGAAGAGCUUCGAAUAGUGAAGCUGGAAGAAGAUUCGGCCUGGGUGCAGGAAACUUCCCUUCAACGGAGUAACCCCGGACCAGAGACCUCCUGCCAGCGCUUUUGGCAUUUCCGCUAUCAAGAAGCAUCUGGACCCCGGGAGGCCCUCAUCCAACUCCGGACGCUCUGCCGUCAGUGGCUGAGACCAGAGAAGUGUACAAAAGAGCAGAUCUUGGAGUUGCUAGUCCUGGAGCAGUUCCUGACUGUCCUUCCCCAGGAGCUCCAGAUCUGGGUUAGACAAAAGCAUCCAGAAAGUGGAGAGGAGGCAGUGGGCCUGGUGGAAGACUUGCAGAAAGAACCUGGAAGACAGGGGCUACAGGCAAUGGUGAAGAACUCACAGCCAGAACCAGAAGAACAAUUGAACCACGACCCCGGAGUAGAAGUCCUAUGCUUCCACAAGAGUGCCCUGCCUGAUGCUUGUGCUCUGGGCCUUCCUGUGGAAGAGAGCAGUGGUGACCAGAGGACGAUGAGCAGCUCCCAGGAGGCACAGAGGCAACUGGAAUCUGGACAGAGGAGCCACCGGGAAGUAACUUGGGAGAAUUCUGCCAAGAGGGCCUUGCUAGAUUUCCCAGCCCACAGACCCAGUGUGAGCUCCCACGUGGAGCAGGAGGAAAGCCCAGAGAGCCCAGAUCUUCAGCACUCCAGAGAUGAGAGUGUGAGAGACACCCUGGUGGCGGCGGGAAGAGUCAAGCCUGGCCAGGGGCCCAUCUUGAGAAAAGCCAAGACCUGGGACGAGCUGGAGUGGCAGGGUCUGGAGGAUGAGAAGGUGGCAGGGGUGCACUGGGGCUAUGAGGAAACGAAGACUUUUCUGGAUAUUCUCAGUGAGUCCUGGAUCCACAAGAAACUCCGCACAUGCCAUCGGAACCGCCAAGUCUACCGGCUUGUGGCCGAGCGGCUGCGAGAGCGCGGCUUCCUGCGGACCCUGGAGCAGUGUCGCUACCGGUUCAAAAACCUCCAGACCAACUACCGCAAAGCCAGGAGCACUCAUAUGCCAGACACCUGCCCCUUCUAUGAUGAGAUGGAUGCCCUCAUGUGCCCACGGGCUGCCACCUCCGUUCUAGAGGUGGCAGGGGGUGUGCUUGGGCAGAGGGACCAUGACACAGAGCAGGAAGAGCUGCAGAGUGGUUGCUGGGACCAGGAGGCGGCAGCGCUGGCCAAGGCUGUGUUAGGAGGCGGAUCAGAGAAGCAGGAUCGGAGCCUGGGCCGCAGAGCAGCAUCUGUAGAAGGGCCUUCAGAGGCUGUGACGGACGAUUCUGAGGGGGAAGAACUGGGUGCUGAAGAAGGGUCUGCAAGCCCUGGUCUCCCAGCCCUGUUUCGGAGCCCUACUGGUGUGCACUGGGGCUACGAAGAAACUAAAAUUUUCCUGGGAAUUCUCGGUGAGCCCUACAUUCAUGAGAAACUCCGCACCUGCCAUCGGAACCGCCAAGUGUAUCGGCUUGUGGCCGAGCGGCUGCGGGCAUGUGGUUUCUUACGGACCCUGGAGCAGUGUCGCUACCGGUUCAAAAACCUCCAGACCAACUACCGCAAAGCCAGGAGCAUCCACGCUCCAGGCACCUGCCCCUUCUAUGACGAGAUGGACGCCCUGCUGGGUCCCUGGGCCCUCGCCGACACCUUUGACGCCUUAGAGGUGGCGGGGGCCCUUCUGCAGGAUCGAGGGGACUCCAAAGAGAACUCGAAGGCAAUGCUGGAAGGUGUGACAGGGGAUGGUAACAAAGUGGAAGAGGAGCCCAGGAGCCUUGGCCCCCCGGCUUUGAGGACGAGGCCCAGUGGGCUUCCAGGUCCCCAGCCAGAUGGGCUCUCAAGGCUGGAGAGAAGUGCAGAGCUCUGGAGUCACGGUCCCUGGGUCUUCGAGGAAAUUCGGGAAACCUCCUCUGCAGAUCCUGAAACAAGGACAGAGAAUGAGGAGAACUUGAGCCAGGACAUUUCAGAGGAAGUAGGACUCCCCGGGGCGUUGUUAGAAAGAUCCAAAAUGGAUGUCUCCCAGUCCUUUAAUUGGAAGAAAGACCAGGAAAGUGAAUAUGAGGCAGAAAAGCAAUGGGAAAUACCCUUAGAAGAUGGACAAGGGUGGCUCUCUCCUCCAGAAAGAGACUUAGGUAAAUUCAUAGGUCCUCAGGGAACCUAUGUAGAAGAAAAAUCCAACAUACACUGUGAAUGUGGAAAACAUUCCAGCCAGAGCUCACACUCAGCUGCCCACAGGUUCGCCCACAGUGGAGAGAAGAGGCCUUACAAAUGUGGCUGCUGUGGGAGGAGCUGUGCCCGGAGCCGCCGUCUGGUUUGCCAGCAGAGGAUGCACACCGGGGGGAAGCCCUGCGCGUGCCCCGCCUGUGGGAAAGGCUUCAGCGAUCACCCUAACCUCACGGCUCACCAGACAAUCCACACUGUAGAAAAGCCCUAUAAAUGUGGAGAGUGCUGGAAAAGCUUCAACCAGAGCUCAAGCCUUAUCAUGCACCAGAGAAUCCACACAGGAGAGAAACCCCAUAAGUGUAGUGAGUGUGGAAAAAGUUUCACCAGUAGCUCGCACUUCAGCGCCCACUGGCGAACGCACACUGGCGACAAACCCUACCAGUGCCCUGAGUGCGGGAAAAAGUUCAGUAAGAGCUCCACUCUCACCAGCCACCAGAGGAUCCACACAGGAGAGAAACCCUACGAGUGUCUUGAAUGCGGGAAGAGUUUCAGCGACCGCUCAAACCUUAUUACCCACCGGCGCAUUCACACUGGAGAGAGACCCUACAAAUGCGGAGAGUGUGGGAAGAGCUUCAAUCAGAGCUCAAGUCUUAUUAUCCACCAGAGGAUCCACACGGGAGAGAAGCCCUAUGCGUGUGCUGACUGUGGAAGGCGAUUCAACAACAGCUCACACUUUAGUGCCCAUCGGAGGACCCACGUGGGAGAGAGGCUCCAAAUGUGGGAGAAAUAACUGUGAAGCAUCAAGUCUGAAAACACUGCGGAAUCCAGCCCAAAAUAGGGUUUGUAUUGCCCUUGAUUCUGUAUCACGACACCCAUAGCAGGUGCAGAGAGAAUUUAGAUCCAGCCUGACAGACCUAUUUUGUUCGUCUCACUACAUACUCACUGGGCUUAUGCAAUACUACUCAGGGCUUUCUUAUCCAUGCUGGUGAAGUGGAAGCUAAUUUCUAGAGAAUUCAGGGACUAAUUCUGAAUUUGACUGGAUCGCCAUCUCAGUGUGUCCUCCUUGUGAUUCUGUGCCUUAAUUUUCACAGCUGGUAACAUGAGGGUGACGUCCUUGUCCCUGAGACCCUCUGUGAAAGACAGAGGGGGCCCCAGCCUCGUGUGCUGACAGCCUGGAUGGCCACGAGAGCCAGCCAUGAGAUGACAGCCUGGGUGGCCAUGAGAGCCAGCAGUGGCCGAGCCGUUUCUUCUCAGCACUGGGCGGUGGACAAGGACUUAUAAAACUGAAUACGUUUUUAAAGGUCUUCCACUGUUCUUCCUAUGGGAAGAAUGGGGCCCAGGAACUGGCUGCCUUUCCCACAUUCCUUUUCUUGAGAUUGAAAUGGAGUUACUUGAGAGGAAAGCGCUCUAGUAGAUUAUUUGGAGGAGGGAAAAGAAGAAAACAUCAAUACUAGAGGUUGGCUUUCUAAACCAUAACCUCCUCUUCCUCUCAACAUAGUAGGUUGAACCAUGAGAGACUGCCAUUUUUGACCCACAAAGCCAGCAAUUUCAUGGUUCAACCUAAACAGAAUUUUUACGUGGUAGAAUGACUCCGAAUGGCUAGCAGGGCUGUUGGAGAGCCUUACAGCUCAUCCUGUAUCCUAAAAAUGUGAGACUGGGUCUAGAAGACUGGGAACCAGGAUGAUGAUGUGGGUAAAGCCUUAGUGUUUGUAAAUACAUCCAGAGCAGUAACUACGAACCGUGGCAUCGAUGGAGAAGACUCCUGGUUGGAGGCGUUCCUGUACGUCACCUGCCUCUGACAAACCCACUAGUUCCCAUUUGUGCUCAGAUCCUUCCGGGGAGGCGCGUACAGGUCAAUAGGCUCCUGGAGAUCUGGGCAUCUCGGCAGAGCCCUUGGAGGGACUCUGACGUACAGAGCGAAUGGUGCUCGGAAAUAAAUGGAACACAGUUUCUCGCUCUUAAAA